AUAAUCUUAAAAUUAAACAGAUAAAUAAAUUAAAAAUGAGUGAAUUCACCAGGAUCGCUUCUUUAAAUGUCCAUGAUCCCUCUAAUAGCGGCUUAAAGAAGAUCCUCAACACUACUAAUAAGUUAAAUGAAGAAAAAGUGUGAAAACUAUCCUCAGAAAAUAAAGUUCACCACUUAAAUUCUCACUGUAAGGACAUGAAUAGCGAUCUCAGCAUCAAAAAUAUCUCAAAAAAUAAUACUAAAUCCCACUUCUACAAUGAAAAGAAGUCAGUGUCUGAUGAAAAAGGGCUAAUGAGCCAACAGAACUUCGUUAUAGAAAAGAGAGUUGCUAAAAUAACCAAACUAAGGACCUCCUCACGAAGCUCCUCUGCUGUGAAAGUGAAAAAGAUCAACCAGUCUAUAGGAGGACCGAAAGGGACUAAUCUAAAGUUCAAAAACUUGUUGGCACCCACUAACGACUUGAUUAACACCUUACUCUACAAGAACAAGGAUGAAAGAUAUAGAUACCUCAUAAAAUAAUGCGAAGGUUCACUACAUCGAAAAAGGAACUGAGUCGAUAUACGUUGAAUUACCCCAGAUUCCUAAUAUCCUCAUUAUCUACAGAAAGCCUGAAGUGAGGCUCAAGUCCAAGCAUGCUCUGAAUCUUGAUGAUAAAGGGCUCAACCACAUCCCUCUCCUCGAAGGUGAGGAGAAGUUGGUGAAGCUGGUACUAAAGAGGAACAAAAUUUGAAAGAUUGAAAACUUGGUGUCUCUCCCUUUCCUUGAAACUCUUGACUUAAGUGGGAAUAUCAUCAAAGAGCUUUCGAAUCUUAAUACAUGUGAGAGGUUAAGAUCCCUUUGCUUACGAAACAACAUAAUUGAUUCAAUACAGGGCCUUAGCUUGCUGAAAUCUCUCGAAGUCAUUGAUCUGUCUAGUAAUAAGAUCAAGAAAAUUGAAAAAUUAGAGAAAUGAUUGAACUUAGUUAAAAUUAACCUCAGCUACAACUUCAUAACCACAAUCGAAGGGCUUAGCAACCUGUCAUUGCUGGAGGACCUUGAUUUAUCAAAUAACAAAAUCACAACAGUGAAGGACACAAGAGGGUUGAUUUCCAUUAAGAAGAUCAACCUCGCCAACAAUCUUAUAGAUUCAGACCUUGACAGAAUCAAGAACUUAGACCGAGUCCAAGAGUUCAACAUUGAGAACAACCCAGCCAGCCGCAAAUCAGAGUUCAUGAAAUACGUUAAGCGAGAGAUGCCAAAACUCGUGAUCUUUAACAACAAAUAAAACCUUUGGGUCAAGAGAUACAAGUGAUAAAUCAUUUGACCUCUUCGCUAAGCCAGACCUCCCUGCACACUCAAAAUCGAAGAAAGAAGGAGCUACCAACGUCAUUCAGAUCAUCAGGAAGGAAUGGCAAAGAGAGCUAGACCGGCUCAAAAGAAAUCAUCGAAGCUUUGAAGAAGGUAAAGGAAAAACAUCUACUGACAAGUGCCUCGUACAAUCAGGCCAUGCUGAGAUAGAGGGGAACAAGAUGCUCUUUAUCUAUGGUAACGCAAUGGAGGUCCUGAAGAGUACAGAGUUUUACCCAGUGGUUGAGGAAAUAUACCUUGAAUGAGUGAGGUUUGAUCACAUUGUGCAUUAUUCACAUCUUGAGAAGAUUAAGCAGUUCAGUUGUCUUAAAAAGCUUCGUCUUGCACACAAUAAUUUAAACUCUUUAAUUCUUAUGUCGAAGUUAGAGUGCUUGCAUACUCUUGAAAACUUAGAGAUUGAAGAUAACGAAAUUCUGAACAGCAAAGUCACCAAAAGCUUUAUAGUAUACCGUUUUCAACAUCUAAAAUAUUAUAAUUCAUGCAAAAUCACUCCCGAAGAUCGAGAGGAUGCUAAAAAGAACUUCCAUCUCUUUGAUAAUAUUCUUUCCAAAUGUAUAAGGAGAGCCACCCCUUCCUUUUCAGACCCAACCAAAAAGCUUGAGUUCAAGCAGAUUCAAAAGAGACAUGCUGAAGUUGCCAAAGAGUACACUGAAGAUAUCCUUGAGAGAGUAGUCAGUGUGCAUGACAAAAAAGAGGAAAUUGAAGACCAGUGUGAAUACACCCUCUAUCGCUCAAUCUCUAACGCAAUUGAGCAAGACAACAUCAUUGUAUAA